AUGGCAGACACUCUCGAGUCUGGGAGCGAGGGCGCCGGAGAGGCUGGCGAGGCAGCAACACCUCAUGGGAUUGUAAAAUGUGUGAAACUACCACUGCCUGAAAACAUUUUAGCUUAUCUAGAAAAGAGGGAAUUAGUCAGGGAUGAUCAGAUUAAGCCUUGUAAUAGUUUGGCGGAAAAGGUUACUUCUAAUUAUAUAAUAGCCAAAGAAAUUAUUAGCAACUUGUGCUGGCAGGAGAAGAUGUUAGCCAAGCUAGUGUGCAGCACUUGGCUUUCUGCUGUGCACACAUUGGAGCGGGAGCAACUGAGUCCUGCUGACUUUGUAAUGGACUUGCAUUCUUGCUGCUCAUCUAGAGUGGGGAUUGAGUACAAGAAAUCUGCCAAUUUUGCUACAGAGCCAUUGACUGUACUAACAUUUGCAAACACAGCCGGUUUCAAUAUAACAUGCAAAUGUAAAGUGAUUUGCCCCAUUCCUUGUAUGCCGCCCUGUGAAAAGGAACAUUGCUUGUUGGACCUGGUGCAGAGAUAUGUCAGUGCGCCUAAAGAUUGUAUGCUGACAGUGCGAGCUCAGUACCUCUCAUACAUGCCACUUCCACAAUCUAUCACAUAUGAACAUGCAAUCACUCGCCACAUGUUUAUCCGUUCCAACCCAUUUAUAGGAGGAGUUUACAUCCCAAAGCUGCCUGAUGUUGAAUACCAUGUCAUAAACAUAAAGUCCAAAGGAGAUAUUAAGUCAGAUUUCUAUAGAGAGAUAGCUAGGAUCUCAGAAACCAGAAUCUUCAAGGGAGUCAUUGUUUAUGUAACAGAGAAAUAUCUAUUGCACUCGGUGCAGGAUAUAGUUUUCUUAAAUUACAUAAAGGAAGUCCAGCCUGAUGUUCCGUAUGCCUUGGGAGGAUGCAUAGUAGAGGAUACAAUGUUUGAACAAAGUGAUCUAAAUCACAUUGUAGACCAAGUAAAUGAUGGUAAAGACUUCAUCACGGAAAACCUUAUUUCUAUUGGGCUGUUUUCGGUGCCGAAGGGCGAGGAUAACAAGGAGAAGGUGGAUAGGUACAAUUUUGAAGUGUACUCGCUUAUAAUUGAUACUUCAGAUUGGGCCAAGUCGAGAAUAAGCAGUGCUAUCACUGAGUUUGCAGGACAAGUCCCAAGGUUCGAACAUAGCGUGGCAAUCAAGCUGUCAUGCCUCGGACGCGACCAAAAGCAUGAAGUCGAGCAGGACUACUUCAGAGCAUCGUUUCCACAAACUCGCAUCGCCGGUUGCUAUGGGAACGGAGAACUUGGCAUCAACCACCCGCCGCGGCAGCCUGAUAAAACUCCCAAUCCUGCCAAACGAGUCCGUCAAGACACCGGCCCUCAUUUUGGAAUUAUGUACUCAUAUUCCACGGUUUUCAUGUACAUUGGCUGGGGAAAGAGCUCCCCUCCUGUUGAACCGUCGGCAAGCUUGCAAAAGACACGCAGCAAGACUCAAGCUCGAUUUCGAACUAAUUAACACGGUUUUUAACUAGUUAGAAGUUUUCUCAAAGCUUACAAUUACAACACUUCCGAUUUCAUACUGUCUUUAAGAUAGGCAGUUUUAAUAGUACCAGGUGAAUAGUUGAAAUGUUACGUAAACGAAGGCUAUUUCAUACUAUGGUUCGUCAAAAAAUUUGAUAGUUUUCUGCUUCUCGCCCUGCAGAUCUGCACUAAGAGUAAAUAUUCCCUCAGUCCCGUUAUCUAAUAGAUCCCGUCUAGUAGCUAUAAAGUAUAAACACAAUAAUGAAGUGUAAUACCUUAUUCAUGUAGACUAGAUAGAACUAUAAGAAUUGACUAUGCAAAUGCAUAAAUACGCAUCAAUCAUUUAAGUAUAAUGGUAGUAAUAAGGAUUUUCUUAUAAUUUACUGUGAUUUUUAUAUUCCAGAAAAAUGUCUGAGAUACCAAAUUAAUAUUUUUAUUUAGAUGAUUUGAUUAGACAGCUACAGUGGUCUGUUUCACCACAGUGACAUUGCCAAUUCUGUGCCUAUUUCUGGGUUGAUUAGUAACAUUGUUACUCAGCGUCAAUAUUUCCUUGUUGAACAGUCGGGCGACAAUUGUAACUGUUGUGAAAUAGACCACUGGUGCAAAUAUAAGCUGAAUUAAAUAUCAUUCUUGAUUUUUAGAUUUAUACAAAUAUUAAUUAGUGUUGUGGGCAACAACCGCGAACAUCGAAAAUCUCAAUUCGCUAUUUUAUCUACUGCUCGCAUAUUGUACCUAAGAGCGAUAGAAAUGGAGAUAACGAUGUCGAUGGUCGCCGUAACCCCUCGAUUUACAGACAUGCUUCUAGAAUAAAAAUGAUAAUUAAAAAAAAAACGUGUCUCAUAGAGUUACCCUACAAAACUUGCUACAAAAUAAAAUUAGACAUAUGG